UCGCAGCCUUCAGAUCCGCCUAAUGAUCAUAAGAGUCUGACGCUCUAUCCUAUUGAGCUAGGCGGGCCAUACGAAUUUAUCCUAUUAUCAGCUACUCUAUCUAUCACAUUAUAGGUCCAAACAUGAUGUAGUCUCGCGUCUCACUUACUUCUAUCGAACCCUCAUUAUCAUUGACGACGAUGAGCGCCAUGGAUACAGACGAAAUCUCUGUAGUACUUCCAUCUACAACGACAUCGGGCCUAUCGAUAUCUUUGCAUCCUCUUCCGAUUCUGAAUAUCUCUGAACAUUUGACGCGACGGAAACUACAAACAAACACCUCUACUCCGUUCAUUCUUGGAGCCUUGCUGGGCACUCAAAACGGGAGAGAUGUGGAGAUCGUUAAUACCUUUGAAUUGGCUGUGGAAGAGGAUGGUGCUACAGUGGAUCAUUCUUUCUUAGUAUCGCGGCGCGACCAGUACAAGCAAGUCUUUCCAUCCUUGGAAUUCAUUGGCUGGUAUACAGUGGCUCCUGGGCCAUCUUCACGUCAUAUCGCACUUCAUUCACAAUUCACCGGAUACUGCUCGACGCCUCUCCUUCUCCUCCUCCAGUCUUCCAGUAACAUUUCCACCGGCUCCGAUGGCAAUCAAACACUCCCUUUCAAAGCUUAUGAGCCAACGAUCGAGAUUAGGGACCGACUGUCUCGUCCGGUCUUCGUUGAGGCGUCGUACAAUGUAGAAACAGGUGAGGCAGAACGGAUUGCUGUCGACUGGACUGCACGCGGUGGCGGUAGUGGCACGAGUUUGGAAUCGCAUCUACAAACGCAGCGAGCGGCUGUCAAAAUGCUCCACGACAGAAUCGUCAUUUUGGUUCACUAUGUUACAGAGGCUUUAGCAGGCACGGCACCUAAGGAUCAAGCUAUUCUUCGAUCCAUUUCAGCUCUGGUAGCCUCACUUCCUGCGACUGAAAAUAAAGGUUUCCGCGAGGAAUUUGAUACGGAAUACGAAGAUGUUCAGAUUACAGCUUUUCUGUCUUCGCUGACUAAAUCGACUAGCAUUUUGAACGAUCUUGUUGAUAAGCACCUGAUAAUCACAGCCAGUCGAGAGGAUAAAAUGGGAGCUCGUCGAAGACCUAUGGGAAGAAUGCCGAUAGGAGAUUGGCAUUGAGUCAGGACUCUUAGAAACCUUCGUCACGGUUCUCUCGCGCUUGUUGUUACGACCUUUCAUUGCAAUGUAUCGUUACUCUGACCGUUACACACAUACGUUUCCAGGGGCUGCCCCAGCUACUGUGGUAUGGAGUUAACGUUGUCG